AUGCAGCAACCAAUGAACCAAGCGGAACCCAUAGGGGGUCAGCAAGCGAUGCAGCAGCAGAUGGUGUUGUGUCCUGUUCGAUUCGUGUACGAGACGCAAGUACUGGUUCAACCUGGAGAUCAGAUCCAGCCAAACCAGACCUUCUUCAUCAACCCACAGAAUCCACCACCAUGGAUGAACAGACCAGCACCGAACCCAGUGGUCUACGUCCAACAGCUGCCCAACAACGUGGUCCAUCAGGUUCCACCACAAAUAGACCAGAACCAAUUAUACCUCCAACAAAACUUCGCCAACUUCCAACUCCAACAACACAUGUUGGCUCAGAAUCACCAGCAAAACAACCAAGGGAUGCAAUUAGCCAACAUUGUGCCAAACAUGGUGCAAACAGUCCAACCAAGUAUACAGCCAAAUGAUAGGAACAUAACAGCGACACCAAACCCAGUACAGAUGCAGACAAACACACAGAUGAUACAAAAUCAGAUGAACGUACAAAGGCAAGUACAGAACCAGCCACAAGCUGCUGACGUUCAGAGGCAAGUAUACAUGAACGUAAGGCCACAGAUAAACCAGCAGAUGAACAUAGCCAGGCCCGUCAUGUCCCUAAACCAGAUACAAAACAUGCAAGCGAUGGCCAACAUGCAAAACUUACAAAUACAGCAAGCAAAUGCUGGACAAACAUUUGUGCAAAAUAUUGGGCAAAGAAUGCCGCAAAAUGUGAAUGCUGUUAGACCACAGAUAAUGGGUAACAAUAUGAUGAAUGUCCAGAACGUACAAACUAUACCAAACGUACAACAAAAUGUUCAAAGUGUUCAGAAUGUUCAAAAUCUACAGAAUAUACAGAAUAUUACCAUGAAACCUCCGCAACCACCAUCAGAAGCGAACAAAGUAAUGAAUAACGUCGGCACAGCACCGCCUGCUGUGAGAAACUUUGCUCAGAACUACAACUGCCGACCCAUACAACCGAGGCGUAGAUUCGAGAGUCCAAAUGUACCUAAAAUGCAACCACAACCAAAUAUACCAGUACAACAACAACCUCUACACAUACCGGUGCAACCACCGCCACCACCAACACAAUACAACCAGGAGAGAGUAAAUAGUCACACUGUAGUAACAAAUAUAGCGACGAAUACAAAUUUCUUAAAUAACCCCAAUGUUAGUAGGAAAAGAAAAAGCGAAUCUCCAGAUGAAAUAGAACACAAGAUGGCACCACAACCGCCACCCAAACCGAUAUACAAGAACGUACAACAGGGUAUAACUAUCACUAAGAUAUGUAAUGAAAUAGGUACGAACACGAGUCCCCAGCACAGUAAAACGAAUGCAAAUAAUGUCAAACUGAAUAGUACUGUUGUCCAAAUGACACCCGCCCCACAGCUGAUGGUGGUAGAAGCACCAGAAACAUCAGAUGCUAACAAAAAAAUUAUAAAUGAUUCACGAACUGUGAUAGCUCCUGUUACAGAGAGCGAUAAAUUAAUUAGAAAUACAGUGUUCACACAAGCACGAGGUAGAGUGUUACAAGACAAAAUAAACGAUGCUUUACCAACACAAAUUGUAGAGAAUAAAACGCCAGAAAGUGUUCAAAAUGCGACUGAUAUUAGGACUGAUAAUGAGGUACAGACUGAUAAAGACGCGGUAAUGACUGAACCGCCAGUUGAUAAAGUUCAGCCUGAAAAGGCUGCAACUAUACCAAUGACUGAAACACAAAAGGUUGAUGUAAAUAUUGCGACUGAAAAGAAAGUUAUUGAAGUCAAAAAUGAUGUUUCGAAAGAUGUUGUUAAGAGAGAAGAAGAAAAUAAGAGUCCUGAUAUACAGGACGGGAAAUUAGUGAUAGAUGAAUCGAAGGAUCAAAGUACUGAAGUAAAGGAUGAAAAGAUGGAUAUUGCUGAAAGAUAUCCGCAGAAACAAGAUAUACUGACACAUGUAGUUGAUGGAUAUGUUAUUCAAGAAUCUAACUUCGCUUUUCCGAUCAGGAAACCUCUAAUAGAGAAGACACUACAUGCCAACCUGAAGGCGGAAUCUGAAGCAACAGACGCCCUGAAAGAAUGCAUGAAAGAAGAAAUGAAGAAUCCAGAAGUAGAUGGACAAUUACUGCCGUUCCACUAUCUCCUACUCCAUUGUGAGAAGAAGAAAGAAGAAGAAGAUAAAGAGGAUGUCAAGGAGAUGAAUCCGUUUGCUGAUUUAGAGCAUACUACAGUGAAAUCUUGGACGGUGGAAGACCUCUCAAGUCACCUGAUGAAAUACGAUUGGAAAGACACAGUGUCGGUAUUUCAGGACCAUGAAAUAGAUGGAGAGUCCUUAUUCUUAGUGUCAAAGAACCAACUAGUUAGCAUAGGAGUCACAGAAGAAAAUGCAGACGUUAUCUGCGCAUUCGUCAGAAGCUGA